UCUAUAUAUAUAUAUAUAUAUAUAUAUAUAUAUUAUAAUGGUAUCAAGCGUGUCUAUCUCAUAUAUAUAAUACUUGCUUCCUCCCUGAAAACUUGUUGGAUAUCAUUCAGCAUCAGAAAGUUUACAUUAACUGAGAUCUUGAUCUUCUUCUUCUUCUUCUUGGACGAAAUCAAAAUGGGUACUGAACAAGCUGCAAAUUCAGUAUUUGGUGAUCCAAAUCUAAAGGAAGUUGGUGGUGCUAAUGGAGAUAGGCAUGACAAUUGGAUGGUGGUGGUGGAAGUUGGUGUUGAUAUUUGUGACACAAGAUCUAUCGAAUCCUCCAUAAGCUCUGAGGAAUCAUCAUCUUCGUCAGAAUUGAUAGAGGAUGCCUCUUCAUCAACAUCAUAUUCAUCAUCGUCUUCGUCUUCGUCUUCCUCGCUUACAAAUGGACCUUUAUACGAGUUAUCUGAGCUCAUGUUCCAUCUCCCCAUAAAGAGAGGGCUUUCCAAGCAUUUUCAAGGGAAAUCGCAGUCUUUCACAUCUUUAGCAAGUGUGAAGAGCUUAGAAGAUCUUGCAAAGAGGGCACCACAAAGGAAGAAAAUGAAGCCAUGCAAGAGCUAUGGAGGUGGUCUAGAUGGUCAUAAAUCAAGCACUCCUCCUAAGGCUAUUAUAUCCAAGAAGGCUUCAAGAUCAGGAUCUUUGUUGUCUUCAUUGAGUAGGAGAGGUAGUUUGUUGGGUGGUCGUUUUGGGCCUUAAAUUUCAUGUACAAAAGAACUUCUGAUAUGCAAACCUCUUUGUUCU